AUGCCAAGCCUAGAUGAGGAGGUUCCACCCGUGGACGAGGAGUCCGUCGAGUCGCCGCUGCUGGAGGUGAGCCGACCCACCGGUGGCUCCAGUUGGAGUGGUGGUUUCUUAGGCGCUGUUUCCGUCGCUGCCCUUUUGCUCGUGGUUUUGGCUGUCUUUCAAGGCUCUACUCGACCUGGGGCAGUCUCUUCCAAGGCGGAGGCGCCUACCGAAGACUGGUUUGACUCAGGAAUAGCGUCUGAUUGGGGUGGUGGCGGUGCAGAACGCUACGCAGACUCUGCGCCGCGAUACGACGACGGCCAGGACUACGAAGGGAGUGGCUACGAGAGCGGCUACCCUCGCGGCCGAGGUGGCUUCGAGGGCGACUACGGAGACUCCUACGGCCGUGGGUCCUACAGCCGUGGGUCCGAGUACGGCGAGUCCUACGACGGCGAGGGCGAGUCCGGCGAGUACGGUGACGGGGAUGGAGCUGAGCAAGAGGACGACAGCCUUAGGAUGCCUCACUUGGACGCCUCCUCAAAAGAGGUGGUGGAUGCAGGCAUCGACGCCGCCUCCGAGAAGGCCUCCGAGGGCGGCGUGGCGGCCGCCGACCAGGCGACGCUGGCCGGAGAGGCCGCGGCGAAGAAGGCCAAGUCCUACGGCUUCUCCAAGAAGACCGCAGCAAAGCUGGCCUCCAUUGCAGCCACGCAAGCCGGAUUGGCCGCUGGGAUGCCGCCCGCGGCGGCCAAGACCGCGGGCAUGUUGGCGUCGCAGGCCUUGACCACCGACCCCACCCCGCCGCCUGAGCCCAUCCCUGCGCGCAUCGGCUGCCGCACCGCCGUGGCGCCCUACGAAGCCGACUGCGUGGGAGAUAUCAAUUGGAUCAAGACCACAGGCAUCAAUCAACAUCCUGACUGGUAUCCAGGCUUGACCGCACAAUCUCCUGCGGGGGACAUCCAAAGUGCUGCCUUCAAGUCCCACCACACCAAGUGCUCUGUCAAAGGGUGCACGGGCGACAAGGUGGAAUGCCUUCCGAACGAUUGUGGCUGCAUGGAUGAUGCGGUGAACUUUUACAACACCUGGAUUUCCAAGCAGCCAGCGAUGGCCGGCACAUGCCAGGAUGGGCAGAUGGAGGUGAAGGGUCAUUGCCUUUGCCCACCCAACAUGGUGCCGGAUGAUGCCAACGGGUGCAAGGUCGCUGAGGAGGCGGUGAGUAUGACCUUCUACAUGUACCGUGCCCAGAGUGACUACUGCUACGCAAUGGAGAAUGUGAACCUUGGUGACUUGGCCGGUGUGAUGUGGUACUUGCACAAGGAAGUGGUGGCAUCUGUCCCCAGGAAGUACAACGUCACACGUAUUCUUCGCUAUUUGGUCACUGUGAAGAACCCGAAAGAGACCUUUGAGCAUAAGCAGUAUCUCUUCAAUGGCGAGACCCAUGGGAAGCAGUUCGGCCCCUUUGGCGCCUUCGACCAGGCCCGAUGUACUGCCACACAUUGUGAAAGUGAGCUCAAGGAGUUCGGCAACGCCGUCGGAUGCCAGGCGGUGGAGACGGGAUACUACAACUACAAGCGGCAGGCGCCGGUGGACUAUUGCGAUCCUCCCGACUCCCCGGAAUGCAUCAGUGGUACUUGGUACUCGCUGAUUGGCGACUGCCCCUUGGAGUCUCUCUACAAGAAGACAGAGGACUGCAAGCAGCAGCAUCCAGAUCCCGCCCACUUCAGGGUGGGCGUCAAUUUGUGCGCAGUAAAGGAUGGCGUAUCCACUUCAAAGAUGAUGACGACAUUGAAUGAGCUCAUGGCGCGUUCAUUGAAUCUGAUGAGGCUGUCUUUGGUGGCUGCACCUGCACUGGUUCAAUGCUUCUACAUUCAUAGCGUUGGCUUGAUGAGCUGGUUGUGUCGGCUGUUGCUGGUCUACAUGUUGAUGGGCUCAAUUUGCUUCAUCGCCAUGCCAGAGCAGCUCUACAAUGGGAUGGGCAUGGGCAUGUUUCGCUGGGCAUUUGAAAUCUUCUACCCUGAGACUUGGCAUUGCUUCAACCGAUUUGGCAUGUGUCCCUGGAAAUCAGAGAUUGCUCGGUCCAAUGGCAGCCUACAAGAGUCCGCUGAGAAGGACGUGGUGUGCGUGGGAAAAUGCCGGAUCAAUCGCCUGGGUGCCAAGCGCGCGAAGCUCAGGUGGCAUGGUUGCGACCGGUACUUGUGCCUCACCCACGACGGCUGGGCUGUGACAGGGGAUGAGAAGCAUGCCGCUGUCGUCGAGUUGCACCAGGUCUACUGGCGAGACAUGUUGGUUCCAGAUACGUAUACCUUCCGAGUCAUAGAUGCCACCUCUGACUUUCAUCAGCACUGGCUGUCCUUCAAGCCUGUGAACCACCUUCGCUAUGGCGGUUGGCUGGCAGCCUAUGAGGAUGAAAAGAGGGCUUGUCCCUACAAGGUGGUUGUGGACACCUCUUGCCCUCCAGACGCAUGCAAACUCCUUUGUGCUUGGACCAACAUGCUACCACCUUCGCAGAGGUCAUGUACUGGUUUCUAUGUCACUGAGCAGAUUUGUGGCAAGCAGUUGUUCGUGGGCCAUGGUGCUGACAGAGACUCGGCUAUUCUGGACUUGGUCUUUCUUUGA